AGAAUAGCUACCAUAGAAGAACCCGUGAAUGCCCUCCAGAGUCCACACGCUUGUUUUUCAAAGCCCAUACUGCACUUUGCCCGUCGGCAGUUGUGUGUAAAGCCUGUCCUCCGUUCCACCCCUCACGCCUCUUGAUCUCUCCUGCCAAGGGAUACUACAUCCGUUACUCUACACGUCAUCCAUCCAUCUCAACCCACGUUUCGAACCCACGACCAGCCCUCCCUCUUUCCUUCUGUCGGCCACUUCGUUUCCCAUUUCCAACAGAGUCCAUCGCGAGCGACGCCGACCGACCGACCGACCGACUGACCGAUCUCCUUGUACCCCUUCAACUCGCGCACUCGUUCGAAAGACCUCCUCACACGCGCGUCGGCUACCCCAACCACCUCCAGCUGCUGUACGGGCGAUCUCCCGCGAUGUCGCCGAAGCGCCCCCCAGCGCGCUUUCGGAAUCCGUUCUUUUCGAUAUCAUCAUCACUACUACUGCUGUUCUGCUUUGCGCUCGCGAUAACGAGUGUCGCUGCGACGAAGCCGCCCGAAAACGACGAUGGUUCGGUUACAAAGACUCACAAGGCGGGAUACUGCGCAAUGCGGGGACAGGAGAAGAAAUCCUUCUUUGGAGGACAGCUCCCGGUCUCGUACAACGGUCCUGCGGAGCCGCCGACGGCAGCGGUGAGGCAACAGCUGGUGGAUCUGUGUGGAGCCAAGUGGAGCGAAGGAAACGUCUGUUGUGACGGCGAUCAGAUUUCGAACCUCGGGUCGAACCUCAGGCGUGCCGAAGCUCUGAUCGCCUCUUGCCCCGCCUGCAAGGUCAACUUCUUCGAUCUGUUCUGCACGUUCACCUGCUCGCCCGACCAGUCGCUGUUCUUGAACAUCACGGAAACGGAUACCGCGAGCUCCGGGAAGAAGCUGGUGUCGGAGAUCGACUACUUCGUCUCGCCGACGUUUGGCGAGGGCUUUUACGACUCGUGCAAGGACCUCAAGUUCUCGGCGACCAAUGGCAACGUGAUGGAUCUGAUUGGCGGCGGCGCAAAGAACUGGGGCGACUUCCUCAAGUUUUUGGGAAAGAAGAAUCCGCCUUUUGGAUCACCGUUUCAGAUCAACUUCCCGCCGAAGAAUGAGACUGGUAGGGACAUGAAGGUCAUGCAUAAUGUUCCGAAGAAGUGCAACGAUGAGGAUGUUGCCUACCGCUGCGCCUGCAUGGACUGUCCCGCCGUCUGUCCCAUCCUACCAGAUGUCGACGAGAUCAAGGUGUGCAAGGUUGGCGCGCUUCCGUGCUGGAGCUUCGCGGUUAUCAUCAUCUACUGUGUCGGCUUGAUGCUCCUUGGAGUCUACUUGGCCUUCACUGAGGGUGUCCGGUACCGCAACAGGAGGAGAGAAAACCAGAGGCUGUUGCGAGAUUCGGAUCCCGAGCUCAGCGAUGACGACGAUGAAGGCGGAGUGUCUGGUGCCGGCUUGUCGCCGGAACGCUACCGCAGGAGAUAUGCCCUUGAUGUGUACCUGGAGUCGAUAUUCUCGCGCAUUGGAGGCUGCAGCGCGAAAUUCCCUGCCGCGACCAUCGGCAUCUCGAUCCUCAUUGUCGGUUUGCUCAGCUUGGGCUGGCUCAACUUUAGCGUGGAGACGGACCCAGUGCGUCUCUGGGUAAGCCCGAGCUCGGAUGCCGCGAAGGAGAAACAGUUUUUUGACGACAAUUUUGGACCGUUUUUCCGAACGCAACAAGCGUUCUUGAUCAACGAUACGACGGAGGCUGGAUCUUCGCCUGUUCUGAGUUAUGAGACUCUAGGCUGGUGGUUCGAUGUGGAGCAGAGAGUGCGGCGGCUCAAGAGUCUGGAGCAUGGCGUCACCCUGGAGGAUGUCUGUCUCAAUCCGACCGGCGAGGCGUGCGUCGUCCAGAGUGUUACGGCGUACUUCCACGGCAACUUUUGGGAGCUGAAGCAGAGUACCUGGAAGGAGCAGAUUCGCAUGUGCGCGGAACAGCCCGGCCAGUGUCUUCCCGACUUCGGCCAGCCGGUGAAGAAGCAGCUCGUUUUUGGCGGUUAUGAGAAGAGCGGCGAUGUGGUCGACUCCGCCGCGUUGAUGACUACGUGGGUGCUGGGAAAUCAUGCGGAAGGCAGUGAGGCUGUCAUACGCAGCAUGGAUUGGGAGCAGAGCUUGAAGAAUACGCUUCUUGCCGUCAAGGAGGAGGCCAGAGAGCGCGGAUUGAGGCUGAGCUUUUCGACCGAGAUCAGCUUGGAGGAGGAGCUCAAUAAGAGCACCAACACCGACGCCAAGAUUGUCGUCAUCAGCUACAUCGCCAUGUUCUUCUACGCCAGUAUCGCGCUCGGGAGCACGACGUUGGCACUAAAGAACAUGCUGCGCCAGCCGGCGAAGACAUUCGUCGACAGCAAGUUCACGCUCGGUGUGUUUGGCAUCAUCAUCGUGCUGAUGAGUGUUUCGGCGUCCGUUGGUCUCUUCUCGGCGAUGGGCGUCAAGGUCACUCUGAUCAUUGCCGAAGUCAUUCCGUUCUUGGUGUUGGCUGUCGGUGUCGAUAACAUAUUUCUGAUCGUGCACGAGUUCGAGAGGGCUGAUGCCGAGCAUCCUGAUGACGAGAUCGAGGAAAAUAUCCGGCGCGCCAUGGGACGGAUGGGUCCCAGCAUCCUGCUCUCUGCAACUUGUGAGACUUUGGCGUUCGCCCUGGGUGCUGUCGUCACUAUGCCGGCGGUCCGGAACUUUGCCAUCUACGCUGCGGGAGCGGUUUUCAUCAAUGCGAUCCUGCAGAUCACCAUGUUCGUUUCCGUUCUCGCUUUGAACAAGAAGAGGGUGGACUCCAACAGGAUCGACUGUUUCCCUUGCUUGAAGGCACCCAACUACGACGCAAAUUGCGAGGAACACGAGGGAGGCCUCGUCGGUGAGGUUGAAGAAGGUCUCAUUCAGAAGGUUAUCCGCAAGAACUAUGCCCCUGCUCUCCUCCAGAAACAUACCAAGGUUGCGGUCGUCGCCGUGUUUUUUGGAAUUUUCGCUGCGGCUUUGGCACUCCUUCCUUCGGUGGAGCUUGGACUCGACCAGAGAAUCGCGAUUCCCCGCGGAUCAUACCUCAUCGAGUACUUUGAUGAUCUGUACGAUUACUUUGCGGUCGGCCCUCCAGUGUACUUUGUGACCAAGGAGUUUAACGUCACGGAUCGCGAAAUACAGCAAGAACUUUGUGGCAGGUUUUCGACUUGCAGCUCGUUGUCGCUGUCCAAUAUCAUCGAGCAGGAACGCAAGCGGCCAGAGGUCUCGUACAUCUCUGAGCCUGCCGCAAGCUGGAUCGACGACUUCAUGCUCUGGCUCAACCCUUCGCUCGAGGGAUGCUGCCGCGUCAAGAAGGAUGAUGGCAGCGAGUUGUGUGGUCCCUACGACUUUCAGUGCAAAGUGUGCUUUGAGGACAGAAAUCCAGGCUGGAACAUCACACUCGAUGGGAUGCCGCAAGGACAAGAGUUCAUGGACUACCUCAAGAUGUGGGUCGAUGCACCGACCGGCGAAGAAUGCCCUCUUGCCGGUAAAGCGGCCUACUCGACUGCUAUAGUCCCCGACUACGAAAAGACCACCAUCUCCGCGAGUCACUUCAGAACGUCGCAUAAGCCGCUCACCAGCCAGGCUGAUUUCAUCGCCGCCUACGCUGCCGCCCGCCGGAUCGCAAAGGAAGUCUCGCGAACCGCAGGAACCGAGAUCUUCCCGUACUCCAAGUUCUACAUCUUCUUCGACCAGUACUCGACCAUUGUCCGGCUCACAGCGGGCCUCAUUAUUGCGGCUCUCACGGUAAUCUUUGUGGUCUCGGCAACGCUGCUGGGGAGCAUCAAAACCGGCGCCGUGGUCACCGCAACCGUUGGCAUGAUUGUCGUGGAUAUCAUGGGUGUCAUGGCUCUGUGGGGCAUCAGCCUCAACGCUGUCUCGCUAGUCAACCUCGUUAUCUGCGUUGGCAUCGGUGUCGAGUUCUGCGCUCACAUCGCGCGCGCAUUCAUGUUCCCCGCCGCAUCGGUGGUGGAACGCGCAAGAGUCAAGUUCCGCGGUAGAGACGCAAGAGCGUGGAGUGCGCUCGUGAACGUCGGCGGCUCGGUCUUCUCGGGCAUCACAAUCACCAAGCUGAUCGGCGUCAGCGUCCUCGCGUUCACGCGCAGCAAGAUCUUUGAAGUAUACUACUUCCGCAUCUGGCUUGCGCUCGUUGUCGUCGCUGCAACGCACGCGCUCAUUUUCCUGCCCGUGGCCCUGAGCUACUGCGGUGGCGAGGGCUGGCUCCCUGUCGAUGGCGAGGGCGGCCUUGAGAGCGAUCUCCUGUAUCGUCGCCUCCCGCCCGGCGUCGAGGAGGAGUUCUUUAGCUCCGAUGAGGAGGAGGAGGAGGUUAGGGCUGGAAGGACACAGGCGGUGGCGAAGAAUAAUGGACAGGGAAACGGGCGAUAAGGGGCAGGGAAGUUGUCUGACGUCUAGAUAACCAAACUACCUACUACUGCUAUGCUAUGAUGGGUUAUUAUUCACUAUGAGACGAUGAUUGUUUGUUGGAGGCUGAAUGGGUUUGAAAUGACAUGACUAGAUUGGAUUGGAUUGACCGGAUUGGAUUGGUUUGGAUUGGUUUGGAUUGGUUUGGAU